CAGAAAUUUUAGUUGUAAUUAUAAUAUAGCCUUUGAACAUGGACUUUAAAGAGAAAUGUAUGGAGGGAGAUGGUGUUACGAAAUAUAUUAGAGCGUCAUCGAAUAAAGAAAGAUCUAAAGCUUUUAGAGAAAGAAAGAAGAAGUUUCUUGAAGAUAAGGUGAAGGAGGUGGAAUCUUUAAGAAAAGAAGUUGAAACUUUAAGGGAAGAAAAUUCUGAGCUUAAAAUAAAACUUCAAAAACUCAAAGCUUAUAACUUAAGAAAAGUAGAGCCUGAUAUAAAUUCUGAAGCAAAAUGAGGGAGUAAAUCUAAUUCUAAUUCCACUACUACUCUUCAAGAACAUGAAGAUUAUCUCUACAAUACCAUAGCAAAGAAGCUCCAAAACAAUCCUGAUGAGGUUAGAUUUUCUACUAUUGAACAAGCACAUGAGCCUGUGUAUGAUUGGAGUGAUGAAAGAGUCCAGUUUAUCAAAAAAUUAUUUAAAGAUAUUAUCGAUAAUUUACUUGGCUUACAAUCAAAAUGCUAUCAUUCCGCUAUAAAGGAGUUCCCAAUAAAUAAAUUAAUCAAAAUGCAGAAGAAUAAAAAGAGGCAAAAGAAAUAUUUCGAUAAAGCUCAAGAACCCAAAACCCCCAAAGACCUCAACAUCCAAAUCCAAUUAAGCGAUAAAGUUCUCGAAAUGAUCAACAACAGCAGUAAAUUCUUCAACACCUACAUAAAACAGACCCGCAAAAUAGCCCAAACCCUCAUCAUCCAACGGAACAAACUCCUCAACCUCUACCAAGACUACAAGCUUUCCAUCGAAAAGUCCGGCUAUCUCUCCUGGUACACCAAAACUGACUUCAUAAAUUCCUUCAAACUAGUCGACUACCUGCAGCACACAAAGUUCGUUCAGCCCCAUUUCCUGUACAACAUCCCGGCCAAAACUCACUCGAAUUUGAAAUAUGAGCAAGGUGAACUUACUGAGUAA